AUGGAAUCGUGCUACCACAGUCCGCUUACCUCCGUUCGACCCCCAAGGCUCAAACCCAUCAGGUGGCCUUACAUGAGGAAAUGUGUGGACCCUUCUCCGGAGUAUGACGUGGCCAGAUUCGGCCAGAAAUUCCGCGAAUCUUUCGGGAUCCUCGAUCCAAAUCUAACUCCCUUCUGCCCAUCGCUACUACUGUGUUCGAUACGUCUGACGAUCCCCAAAGCCAAGCUUCGUCUUGUUCGUGUCGAAAGGCCUCAAGUCACUCAAACCGAGCCCGCGUCAUCUGCAAACACACCAGAUGAUGAGGGGAAAUACGAAGCGAAGAAGAUCGAGGACAAGGCGGUUGUCAAUGAGGGCCCUAAUGAUAAACUGGUCGGACAAUGGAAGGAAGAAGUCGAUACUCUGCGGCCUCGGACCACAGGAGGUCAUAGCCAAGACACCUGUGAUGUCGGUCUCUCGCCAGACGAACAGAUCAGUGACCCCCAGGACCUCACCCCACUAGAUCAUUGA